UAUUUUCUAAUUCUCCAUUUAAAAUAAUAUUUUUGUUUUAACUGUAUUUUCUAAUUCUCCAUUUAAAAUAAUAUUUUUGUUUUAACUGUAUUUUCUAAUUCUUCCAUAAUAUUUUUCUUUUAAGUUUAUUUUUUAAUUCUCCCUUUUAAAUAAUAUUUUUAGUUUUAAGUUUAUUUUCUAAUUCUCCCUUUCAAAUAUUAUUUUUAUUUUUCUAAUUGUUCCUUUAAAUUAAUAUUUUUAUGGUGUUCGAGUUCGUGUAUUUUUCUCCUUAGUGCUCCGUUCUCGUUUGCUAAAGCAUCUGUCACUGCUGAGUUCAUUGGAGUAGUGCAGUAAUUAUGAUCUGGCGCUAACUGCGCGUCCAUCUCCAGGUCGAGUCAGGCGCUGCUAAGAACGGGGAAGGGUAUCUUGACCGGUUUAGUGCCGUACAGAAGCAUAUUGCGGCCACUUAUGAGAAAAAAAACGACAUAGAUAUAUCGUUAUUACGACAAGUUUUAAUACGUUUAUCUACCACAGCGUUUCUCCAAGCUCUCUCCAGACGCGGACACGCGUCGGCGGGGCAGCCGAAGGCUCCGCUACCAGUGGCAAAUAGAUCGGGUCCAAAAAAAUCCAGCCGAUCCGUGCCGCCCCAUAAACUGUCAUUAUGAGCUCGUUUGAAUGAGCAAAAUUUAAUUUAAUUUAAUUAAGUAUAGACUUAUUAUUUAAGGUUUGUUUUAAUAAUUUGAACGAGCGAAAUUAUGUCUAUAUUUAAGAAAAAGGUUUUAUUACAAAUGUCCGAAAAAAGAAAACACAAAGAAAGCGAACAAUGAUCCACAGGCCUAAACAUCGAUAAAUUAGGCUACAAGAAUGAUGUCUGAAUGACUUUCCUCUAAUUUAAUAUAAUUUAAAUUGGUUUUUGGAAUAUAUAAUAUUUUCAAUAUUAUAAAUAGACCAAGAACAUAAACAUACUUUACAAUUACUUUCAUCUGCUUUAUUAAAAUUGACAGUGUUUAAGAAUAUAAAAUAUUCUCUAAACAAGCUAUUUUUCCUAUAUUGUGAUUAUCACGCAAUAGCUUUUGGUAAAAUAAAAAUAUCAUUGAAAACAGUACAUUAUAAUUAUACAUUAUACAUUAUUAAUCAUUUUUUUGAGCCUCACCCAGCCGAGUUCAGGUCGGACAUGGGGUCGGGCAGAUCUAAAUCUAAACUUUAGUGGUGACACCACAGGGCAAAAUCUGGACACUGUACUAUCUAACCGUAACAAUAAAACAUCAGUAAGCCAUGCUUUUUAAUAUCCAUGCUUUUUAAUAUCAAAACAGCCUACAUUUUCCACAAAAUAUUACUUUAUUCUCCUAAUAUUAGACUUUAUUCCUGAAGCCAACUGUUUUUGUUGUCUGUUAUACUGUUGUUGGGGGAAGGGGUUUUAGUGCACAUCAUGUUGCAGUGAAUGCUGGGGACUGUACUGCAACACAUUGUGAAACUGGCUGAUAUUAAUGGUAUGUUAAAAUAAUGUUAUGGACCUGAUAGGAUUUUGGCUUGGGCUUUAUAUUUGACACAUUGGUUCUACAAUAUAUCUGCUGGCCAACGGUCCCAGUAUUCAUAUUUAUUAACCUUUUCAUAGGUUUUGGACGCUUAUGGAUCAAUGGCAGAAAUAAGAUUAACAGAGAUUAGUUAAAUGAAAUAUAAAAUGAUGAACAGAUGUGAUUAUGGCUACAUUGUACACAUUUUGAACUGUCAGUAUUGCCUAUAUAUCAGCGAAUGUACAAAAAUAAAAACACAUUCUUGAAACACUUACCAACCCAAAAUACAUUUACAAAUGGCAGAAAGACAUUUACCAGCCUAAAACACAGCUACAAAUGGGCAAAGCUCUUUUACAAAUUAAUAUGAAGUGGUUGUGGUGGUAACAUGAAACCACAGGUAUCAAACCUGUCUGCAAAGGGUCAGUGUGGCUUAAGGCUUAAGUUCUAAGUUGUUGAGACUGACUGAUUAAAUGAGCAGGUUUGGAAAGAAAUCCUGCAGUCACACCGGCCCUGUAUGGAAUGGCCCUUCCAUUUUUCUUGUGAGAAGUUUUUUUUUUUUUUUAAAGAGAACACAUAAACACAUAAAAUGCACAGGCUGAGUCUAAACCCCCUGGAGAUGUUAACGAAAGUAAGUGGACUAUAACACUAGUUAGGCAGAGAUGUUCAUUGUUUUUAAAGUAUACUCACCCCCUCCACAUGUCUUGCUGUGCUACACACCUCCAUUUGUUUUGUCCCAGAAGCACUUUGAUUGACACAAACGUCAUCUGUAUGUACCUCCUUUUUCCAUCUGACUUGCCAUUUCGGCAUUUGGCUGUUUGUAUAAAGGUUUUGGGCUGGUAAAAGUGUUUUGGCAACUUGCAAAUGUGGUUUAGGCUGGUAAUAGUAUUUCAAAGCUUCAAAAUUGAAUUUUAAUACAUUUGUUUUGCCCUUCAUGGACUGAUUUUGGAUCAAUUAAUAAAUGGUACACACAGUGUAAUUUGUUAGAUAAUAGCUGUUGUGCCAUUCUGAUUUUUAUAUAUCUGUUUUUAUGCUCAGCUUCUGACCUAGCCCCUACUGCAGUAGUGCUUCUUAACAAGGAGAAGCAAGAACUGAACCUUCUUAAGGAGAAGUUGGAAUGGCAGAAGAAGAAGAUUCAAGAACUGGAAGAAGAGAGAGAUUUCCUUCGUGGACAGUUGUCUGCCCUCACAGGUACAUGGCUAGAAUUAUUUCAUUUCAGACAUUAACCAAGGAGCUGGUUUUAUAAACAUUAUAUGAUAUCUGUACUGGGGGAGUAAAAAAUAACAUAUCCUUACUUUUUACUAUAUAGGCCACUUAAUAUUUACAGUAUAGUAAAAUAACAAUAGUUGUUGUAUUAAAUAAGUAAACAUAUAGGCUAAAAUCUCUGUUGUUCUUUUUUGUACUUUUCAGCAAUGCAAGAAAGCAUGGACAACAAAGUCACUGUGAAUGAUUCGGAAACCUCCAAUACGUCAUCCAUGUCCUCCUCUUCCUCAUCCUCAUCCUCAUCUUCAACCCCCAAGAAGCGCAAAUCCAAAAAGAAGCACAGCAAGGCAGCCAAAAAACACAAGAGAGAGCACAAGACGUUUCGGCAGCGCGUACAAACACCGAGUGAAAUUGUCUGCCGCUACAGAUCCAUCCUCAAAACCUUGCCAAAGACAAAGACCAUGACCAAAGCGUUCCAGAAGCACGGCAUUGACAGAAACACUGUGGUGUGCACUUCAGCGAUUGGAGAGCUCGCUAUUGCAGCUCCUGAGGUCUAUGAGGAGACACUGGCCAAGAGGUCUACUGGAGAGACAGUGCUGGCAUUUGCUAAGCGCUGUGAGGCUGCUAUUCAGAAAGAUGAAGAAUUAAAAGAAAAAAUAGAAAUCAUGAAAGCUAAGGGUACCCUCCUCCCCAUGAGGAGAAACAAACCUGUUUAAUGGUUAUGUACACUUGAUUGUGUUUAAAGUGUAUUGGGCACACUGGUUCAAGUUUGAGUGAAAAAGAAAAAUCAGUACAUACAUAUAUCAGUAUGUGAGGUAUAUUUUUAGUUUCUUUAGGUUUUGUUUAGAUUUUGAUUAGGAUUCUUUGUUUAGGAAGACAUAGACCUUGUGAAGAUUAAGAUUAAGAGACUUUAAAGACUUAUUUAAUUUGAGUAUUGGUCAAUUUUAUUUAUUUUAAAUACAUUUUAUUUAUAUUUUUAUUUCAAAUACAUUUUAUUUAUACAAUUUAAAUACCAUGCUAAAAGGUCUAUGCAUGUUUAGUUAUGACAGUUUAAAUUUGAGUGCCCUUAACACUCAGGAGUAAUGUGUAAAUAAAACUUUUUUUCUUAUUUCUGUUGUCAUUGCAUUUUUAUUGUUUAAAUGUGACUGACUGAUUACU